AUGACGUCAGAGAACCGAAUAUCCGCCGGAGAAAACACAGAUGGUUCCUCAAGAAAGAUGGCGGAAUGCGACUGGGAAGAAAUGUUCCUUCGUAGUGAAUACGAUGGUCCAAUUUUACCGUGGGAUCGUUUUAGAAGAUGGGUUACAUGCUUUUGUAUUGUGACGUUUGACUUAGAGCUUGGUCAAGCGUUAGAGGUGGGCCGCAGCGAGUGUUUCAUUGAUGCGAUUUACGGUUCGAAAAACGCGCAGUCUUGAGCGCUUAAAACAGCAUAAUUAAAUAUGUGGUUAUGGUGAGUUUGUAACGGAUUUUCUUGUUUUUCUUUGUUACAGUUGGUUUACCCCGAACAUAUUGAACUAACAGACCGUGAGGUAAGAUAUACAUAAAGCAAACACACGUUAGUACCUUCGGGCCAUGAAUUAUUGUACGUACAUAGUACAUUCCAUUUUAUUCUUUGAUCAACCUAAUGUAAUUUAUGGCUCGUUUCUCUUACGCCAGUCUGUGUGUUUAUUUCAUAAGUAAUUUAAAUGGCCAUAGUCUGGUUUGAUAGUAUUGUAGAAUAGUUUUCUUGUGAUUCUGUCAACUAAAUCAUUUUUUGUUUACCCGUCUGUGCUGGUUCGUGUUCUUACCAAGAAAUUGAAUUAAUUUCCAGCCAAAUCAGUGGACAAUAUAUUAUUCUAAAACUUUUCAUCUCUAUUAAUUUUUUUUCACCGUAAAAUUUGUUUAGUCAUUCAUCUUACAUAACGAUAAAUCGCUUACAGUUGUUCUUCUGUGCGCCCUUGACCUUUGGUGGAAAAUACCCCAAAAAAUGGGAUUUCCUUAGAUAUAUUGGAUCCUCUGUUGAAGAAGAAGUCUAAAUGAUACAUCAGUGAUGACGAUAGGGAUGCUUAGAUACAUGAUUUUUUUGGAAUUAUUUUCUUGCUGUCUAUAUUGAAACUUUUGUUGAUGGAGGGCAAACACUACAUUUAUAUUGAUCAUCAAAUAUGAUGAAAUCUAAGAUGGAGAUUGGAAAAUUAAGCUUUGGGAUCCUGUGACAUUUUAGAUACCAGAAAUGUAUGACUAAUUGAAGCUGUGUCUAUUUAAAGUGGUCCGAACAAUUUUUUUGUUGGGUGGUUAUCACUAUCUCUUGUUUUCUUUGCAGUUGUUUGAGGCAGAAUAUUAGACAUUUUCAGAAGUAAAUAUUUAUUUUAUAAUUGAGACCUUUAAAUUUGGCAGCCGCUAAACAUUCAGAUAGCUGAAAAACAGUGUAAUGUUUUUUUUACAUGAUAAAAGAGACCUACAAAAAAUGAUAUGUAAAUGUCUGUGUAAUAUUUAUAGCCGUUUUCCUUUGGCUAACGAUGUGAAUUUCUACUUUUACCCAUGAGAGUGAUUAGUUCUCAAAUAAAUCAAUAAAUUCAAUUUUGAUGUGCUAUCAAACUGACAGGUAACAAAAAAGUAAAAGAAGUGAUCAACUUGCUGGCACUAAUUCAUGUAGUUAUUUUUUGGUUAUUUUAUUCAAAGUUAACAUGCAAAAUUGAUAUGCAUGUACUUUCAAUUGAUAAUUUAUGUGAAUUAUAUGUAAGAUCUAAGAGAUUUAAGACAGCUGGCUUUCAAAAAGGUCUCAGUCAUACAAAAGUAAAACUUGAUGUUGUAUGAAAAAAAUGGUCACCAUCUUUAUCAAUUUUUUUGGCCAUAAUGAAUUAUAAAUUAUUUUUUCAUUUUCAUCUUUUUACUGUUCUCAUAAAUGUGUAUGUUAGUAAAAAGUAAAGCUAUUAUACAGGCCCAAGUGGUCCAUGGGGCUGGCACUUAACUCUGGUUUGCUUAGUAUGAAGCGGCUAGGAGUAUUGCUACUCCCCCCUGAAUGGGAUGCUAGUCCAUUGCAGGGCUACCCCCAGCAUAUUUGCUGGUACCCAUUUGUACACCUGGGUGAAGAGAAGCACUGUGAGAGUAAAGUGUCUUGCCUAAGAACACAACACAAUGACCCUGGCGGGGGGCUUGAACCCGGACCACUUGAUCCAGAGUCGAGUGCACUAACCAUGAGGCCACCGCACCUCCACAUCAAAUGUGUAUGACCUAGUGUAAAAAAAGAACAAUGUAGUCUUUGUAAAUGUUGUGUCAAUUUUUUAAAAUUGACUUGACUUGAAAGUUAUAUAAUUUUACUUCCAAGUAAACAAAAAAGGGCGAUUAAAAAAAAGAUAUCAACUGCUACUUCUUUUAUAAGCAUGUACUACUGAUAGUGAGAAAGAAAUAUGCAAGUUCAGUUUAAAACAAAGCUUGGUGAUUUUGAGAAGAGAAUCAUUCUAUAUCCUUUUAUUUUGUGGCUGACUGUUUUUAUUCCACUUACAGAAAACAAGCAUCUGUUAUCUGGCCUUUCCUGACUCAAACUCAGGUAGAGAAUGUUUGUAAAGGUUUGAAGAAUCUUACUUGGGUGGCUAAGGAUUCCCAGCUUUAGGUUGCUUCUUCUAACAUCUUAUGCAGAGAGCUUUAUUAAUAACAAGAUAUGAUUCAGCAUGCACUCAAUCAGAUUUUUAGUUCUUCACUGUGGCUGCUACACAUUUCCUUGGUAAAUAAUUAUGAGGAUUUGAUGUUAGUUAGGAUCAAGACAACAACUUUUCCCAGAUAAGUUUGAGUAUUCUCAUCACCAGCUUAGUGGAUAUGUAUCACUGUUAUAACAGGAAGAAGUCAUAUGUUUACCACCUCUGAGGAUUAAAGGUUUAAAAAGUCUUACUUGGUAGCCUAGGAUCCCCAGCAUUAGGUUGCAUCUUCUAGCAUCAGAAGCAAGGAGGUUUUGUUGAUAAGUGUUAUAAGUGGAUCUGAAGUAAUUGCAAUUAAUAGUCUGUUUUGUUGGGAUAUUUCUCUGGCAGGAUGCAUGGGAGAUACCCAGUUUCAUUUCCGCAUCAGAUGUAGUCCUCGUAGUUGCCAGCGGAGCCAACUUGUGACAAGAUUUGAAGAUGAAGUUCCACUAGCAUAUAGGGUAUGCAGUUAUUUUACACAAACUUCGAUUCAUUGUUAUCGGUAUCUUGUGGUCAGGCAUGUGCUCUGAUUGUGUACAGACCCAUAGGUGAGGAUAUUAGUCCUGUAAAGAACUGUUGUUGGUAUCUAUAAUGUUCCAUGUACGUCAUUAGGACUAUGGGACAUGAGAGUCAACGGGCCACGUUGUUGUAAGGAGCAUGCUUUGAUUAAAGUUGUGGUCAGUGUCAAUCCUAUUGUAUUGUUGUAUUGUUGGUCAUCUGACCCCAGACAGUACAGCAUUGGUAACAGCUACCAUUUUGAUGGCUUGACUGGUAUUUGUUUACAUUUGAUGGAUUAGCUUAUUACUUUCAAAUAACAAUGUUUCUCUUAACUCCGUACACCAUACCAUCAGUAUGCAUAUUCUUCCUCUUGUUCUCUAUACAUUUCUCAUGGACUCACGAGGAGAAUUUGUUUAACAAUCAAGAGCUUCUUGUGUGGGUGAUCAUUUCCUGUAUUCUCAUAACCAUAAUGUUUCAUUCAUUAGUGAUGAUGAAUAAAGAAUUUGGAUGCAAGUUGCUCCUAUGGGUUUAAGGGUUAACUUCGUCCAAUAACUAAUUGUUAAUUACUUGCCUUAAGUGGCUUUUUGAGUUCACUGAGUGUGCAGUAUAUGAAUAUAUACACCGUAGAUGCCACAAAAGGAUUGGUGUUUCAAUGAAUGCACUAAACAUAGCAUGAAUUUUCUGUGUGCUUUCAUUUUUGCAGAGUGACCCUGCUCAUUUUUAUGGCUUUGCAUAUUUUCGUCAAGUUAAAGAUCCUUCAAUUCAAAGGGGUUAUUUUCAAAAGGUA